AUGACUGGAUCAGAUGAGGAAUUUGAAAUAGGCGAUAUCCUAGACAUAAAAAAAAAGAAAAAUGGGUUCAUUUACCUAGUGAAUUGGAAGGGCUAUUCGGACGAUGAGAACACGUGGGAACCAGAAAGUAAUUUACUUCAUUUAACAACCUUUAAGAAGAAAAUGGAACUUUUAAAGUCGGCUUAUUUAAACAAAGUCGAUACAACCCAGAACGAUGGCAAUUUGUUAAAAAAUCAUCUAACGUCACCAUCCUCUUUGCAAGAGGAAACUGGCACCACUAAUAUCACGAAAACCAAAGGUAGAAACCCAUUAAUUUCAAAAAAAAAGGGUAAUAAGAAAGGCGUAACCAACAAGUUGGAAGCGAAAAAAUUGUUAUCUACAAAUUCGGAUAAUUCACAAAAAAUGAGUGACGAUGAAUAUAACGAAUCAAUCAAGCAGGAAACCAUCGAAAACCCUCACGACAGCAGUUUGCUAAAUGUAGAAGAUGUGUACAGCGUUCGAAUCAAAAAUAGGAAGAUGGAAUUCUUGGCUAGCUUGAAAAAUGCCUCACCACAGUGGGUAGAAGAGUCCAACAUACGAAGAACAGGGCAUCUGAACAUAAAAGUCAAUGAUUUUAAAAAAUACAUAAGGAGGAAAAAAACUUCCAAGGGAAAUAGAAUUGUUAUCAAGAAUUUACACAACGUUGGAGACGAGUUGUACAUUUCGGUUAUACACAACAUAAAUAACAAGGAAAUUCACAGCUUGUACCCUUCGAAAGUUAUUGAAUACAUAUACCCACAGGAACUUUUAAAUUUUCUUUUGUCAAGACUUCGAUAUAGGACGGCCUAA